CAGGAUCCCAUACCUAGCUGGCUUGUGGAGCUGCGCUGCGCCCCGGCGCACUAGAGCGAGCCGUCCUUCUCUGUGCGCUCAUCAGUUCUCUUUUUCACUGGCCUGCCCUUGAUCAAGGUUCAUCAACCACGUCCCUCUCGUUUCUUUCCGCCGUCGCCGUUCAGGUUUUCAUCUUGGGUCUCAUAAUUUUGUGCCCUCACACUCUUUGAUCUUCAUUAUCUAUCUUAGUGACAGUUUCGUUAUUACGAACUGGCCCACAGUCAUUCCUUCGACUCUCUCUUAUACUGUCCAGUAUCCUGCCUUCAAGUACAACUAAUUUGUCCUCGACAUCACUCGAUACAACUCUAUCAUCGACCCAACCCACCAACAACAACGUGUACAACGACGACAACUGCUAUAUUGAACUAAAGACACACCUACACACGCAAUGGAAGGCUCAUAUCCCAUCCACCCUGCCCAGGCAAUGCAAUCACCAUUCUUCUACUACAACCCGGACCCUCAAGGGGAGAACACACGCCAACACGGUCACUUCACACCCCACCCAUCCGGACAGGCUACCUUCCAAGCACAGAACAUGUACUACCAGAGGCCAACGUCGGCAUGCUCUCAGAUGUCCUACCCUCAGACCGCCUACGCCAACCAGAUGCUUACCCCCGUUGCAUCUCCUCAGCCAAUGUACCAGAAGCCAACGAUCUUGAUCCAACCUCAAGACUCGCCAUACCUUCACCCCAUUGACACUGACUACUCGUUCUCGCCUGCCACACCUCCUCUUUCGUCAUGCGGUAGCAACACCAGCAGCCCUCCAUCCACAUGCGAUGUCCUUCCUACACCGCUGCACGACAUGUUCUCUGCUGAAGGCAUCGAGGGUGUCAAGCAAGGUUGCGAAGGCGAGGUCUUCUCUGAGCUCCUCUCUGCCGGUCUCGAAUGGCGUUCAGCCUCCCCACCCAUGACACCAGUCUACAUCCAGCCUCCGUCGGCUAACCAGGGGUCCUACCUCCUGUCUGCAACUUCAUGCCCCUCGCUUUCCCCAUCACCAUCACCAGUGCCCCGCUCUGCCUUUGCGGAAGCCGAGAACAACUUCUGCAACCCCCGCGAUCUCACCGUCUCUGCGACCACCGAGCUCCCUAUCGUCACACUUUGCCCCGGCGACGAGGAGCACAAGGUUGUCCUCAAGGGUGAGACUGCCAAGGUAGAUAGCUUCGAGCCUGCUCAGUCGUUCAACUUCACUGGACUGCCCACUUUCGAGCCCCUGUUCGAGCUUGACUGCGAGGACGACUUCACCGGCUUGGUCAACUUCUCCACCGAUAACGCCCACUUUUGCGGCAGCAAACGCCAGCGCACUGACCUCGGUGCCUUUUCUCCUGAAGAGGACUUCCUCAGCGACGAGAGCUUCACCGACUUCGAGGAGGAGCUCGUCAACGGCCUGCCCCUUACUCCUGCCACCAGCGACUUCGACAUGUCGGCUACUUCUGACAUGAGGAGGCGAACAGUCAAGAAGGCUCGUUCCGAGUUCAGCGAGACUGAGUCCGACUACCAGGGUAAGCAACAGACAUCCGGUGAUGAUAACACCAUGUCUGGAGCAUCAAGCCAACAAGAAUCAGGUCAAGCCGAAAACGCUGUCGGCUCCAGCUCAGACGAACACGCCACUCCCGUCGCACCUACUAGCCGCCGCGGUCGCAAGCAGUCGCUCACCGACGACCCUUCCAAGACAUUCGUCUGCACUCUGUGCUCGCGUCGCUUCCGCCGUCAAGAGCACCUCAAGCGUCACUACCGCUCUCUCCACACUCACGACAAGCCUUUUGAGUGCACCGACUGCGGUAAGAAGUUCUCCAGGAGCGACAACCUGUCGCAGCACCAGCGCACCCACGGCACUGGCGCUGUUAGCCUCGAGGUCAUGGGCUCCGACUUCCAUCAUUCGGACAUGCAGCACGGUCAACCCGGUGCGUUUGGCGCACAGGCGCCUUCCACCAUGGGCGAGAUUCUCUACAACGCCGCUGCCGAGAUCCCCACAUCAAGCUCAGAUGGAUCCGAGAACGAGUCUUCCCCCAGCCAGAAGAAGCGCAAGAGAAACGAGUAA